AUGGCUACACCGUGCUUCCUCUUCCUAAUCGCCGUAGCAUCAGCUGUCUCCUCCAUCGAAAGUGCGAGCAAAUCGUCCAAUGGGAGCUGCAUCGCGGCCGAGAGGGCCGCGCUGCUCUCUUUCAAGGCUGGCAUCACGAGCGACCCAGAUAGUGUCCUCGUCUCGUGGCAGCCAAGACACCUCAACUGUUGCCGGUGGAACGGUGUCACCUGCAGCCGCCGGACAGGCCACGUCGUCAAGCUCGACCUCCGCAAUCGUUCUCCCGACUGGAGUUAUGUCUUUUAUCCGGAUGAACAUUCGCUUUGCGGACAGGUAUCUUCUUCGCUGCUUGCACUCCGACAUAGUCUCAGGCAUCUAGACCUAAGUGGGAAUCUUGUUCUCGGAGAUGCAGCGGCUAUGCCUGGAUUCCUGGGCUCUCUCCACAGUUUGACUUAUCUUGAUCUCUCCUACACGUGUUUCCGUGGUAGAGUACCUCCUCAGCUAGGCAACCUCUCCAAACUGGUACAUCUUGACAUAAGUGGCCAUAUGGGCACUGAUCUAUACUCAACGGAUAUAUCUUGGUUAGCGCAUCUCCGCAUGCUACAACAUCUUUACAUGGGCUGGGUCGAUCUCAGCGGAGUUUAUGACUGGGUCCAUACGGUCAACACCCUUCCCAAUUUGGCUGUAUUGAGUCUCAUUAAGUGUGGCCUUCAUAUGAGUAAUACUCCGUCAUCACUUCCACACCACAACCUCACAGUUCUUGAGGAACUUAUCCUUUAUGAUAACUCUUUCAACAGUCUGGCUGCACCCAACUGGUUAUGGGAUGUAACUAGCCUGAAGAGUCUAAUCUUAGGUGGUUGUGGAUUAUCAGGCAUGUUUCCUAAUGGGUUGGGAAACUUGACGUUGUUAGAAACCUUUGACGUUUCAUAUAACAACUUCAAGGGGAUGAUACCAGCCAGGACACUGCAAAAUAUGUGUAACCUAAUAUCUCUCUCUCUCACUGAGAACAACAUCGGCGAGGACAUAACAGAGGUGAUAGACAGGAUACCCAACUGUUCUUUGAAGAAUUUGCAGCAGCUGAGUCUGGCUAAUGCCAACAUCACUGGCACGACUUUACAAUUUCUGUCAAACCUAACUAGCUUAAGAAAGUUUGAUGUCAGUGGCAAUCAGUUAAGUGGUUUAGUGCCCGUGGAGAUUCACACACUUAAGAAUUUGACGCACUUAGUCCUUGGAAACAACAACUUGAGUGGUUCAGUGCCUGUGGAGAUUAGCACACUUACAAAUUUGACUGAAUUAUACCUUGGAAAAAAUAAAUUUAGUGGUGUGAUAUCAGAAGAUCAUUUUGCUGGUUUGAUGAAUCUGAAGUACAUUGACUUAUCAUGUAAUAAUUGGGAAUUCACUAUUGCCUCGGGUUGGGUACCUCCAUUCAACUUGGAAGGCGCAUACUUCUCAUCUUGUCAUUUCGGUCCAGAAUUUCCUAAAUGGCUUCGAUCGCAGAAUGGCAUUUUCGAACUUGAUAUUUCAAACACAGGUCUAGUUGGUAUGAUCCCAGAUUGGUUUUGGAGUACCUUUUCUGAUGCUAUUUCGUUGGACAUAUCCAUGAACCAACUUAGCGGCGACUUGCCACUCAGUCUGGAGUUCAUGUCAGUGGUUGAACUUUACUUGCGGUCAAAUCUACUGACUGGUUUGAUACCCAAGUUACCAAGAACAAUUGUGCUAUUGGACUUAUCCAGAAACUCUUUCAAUGGGUUUGUUCCAAAUUUUCGAGCUCCGCAUUUGCAGGUUGCAAUUUUGUUUUCCAAUUCUAUAAGCGGGACUAUUCCAGCGUCAAUUUGUCAAUUGCGAAAAUUGCGGGUCUUAGAUCUUUCAAAUAAUUAUCUUUCAGUUGAACUUCCUGAUUGUGGCAGAAAAGGGCUAAAACUGUGGAACACAUCUAGCAACAACUCUCCAACAGUGAAUUCCAUGAGUUCUUUUAGUUUGAAAAUCACUACUCUCCUUCUAAGCAACAACAAUCUUUCAAGUGGAUUUCCUGUGUUUCUACGACAAUGUCCACAUCUUAUUUUCCUCGAUCUAGCUCAAAACAAAUUUACUGGGGAGUUACCUAAAUGGAUUAGUGAAGCCAUGCCUGGUUUGGUUAUGCUAAGGUUAAGAUCGAACAACUUUUCUGGUCAAAUUCCAAUUGAAAUAAUGGAACUUCGCAUUGUCCGUAUUCUGGACCUAUCUAAUAAUAGCUUUUCUGGGGUCAUACCGCAAUAUCUAGAAAAGUUGGAAGCUUUGACUAGCAAUGGUACUGUUAAUGACGAAAAUCCUUUUGAUGAAACUUACCAUAACACGUUUGGAGGCCUUUAUGGGGAACAACUGUCUAAUGAUAGCUUCUCGGUGGUGAUAAAAGGGCAAGUGCUUGAGUAUCGGGAGAAUACUAUAUAUUUGAUGAGCAUCGAUUUAUCCUGCAACCGUUUAACUGGAGAAAUCCCAGAGGAACUAAUCUCCCUGGUCGGUAUGAUAAAUUUGAAUUUAUCAUCAAAUUUUUUGAGUGGAAAUAUCCCAUAUAACAUUGGCAACCUUCGAUCAAUGGAGUCUCUUGACCUCUCAAAGAACAAACUUGGUGGUGGAAUUCCUCAGGGCUUAUCAGAUUUGACAUACUUGAGCUAUCUAAACUUGUCAUAUAAUAAUCUGUCAGGGAGGAUACCCUCUGGAGGUCAGCUAGACAUCCUCAAGAUAGAUGAUCCGGCUUCUGUGUACAUUGGUAAUUCUGGUCUUUGUGGUCAUCCAGUUACAAAGCAAUGUCCUGGUCCUCUCGAAGAUCCGCCAGCUAAUGGUGAUUCAGCAAUAUGGCCUGAAGAUGGUUUGUCUCAGAUGGAUUUCCUUCUAGGAUCAAUUAUUGGUUUUGUGGCGGGCUCUUGGAUGGUAUUUUGUGGACUUCUCUUCAUGAAGCGGUGGACGUAUUCUUAUUUCAGGCUACUGGACAGGCUACAUGACAGGUUGUAUGUCAUCUCUGUUGUUGCCUGGCGGGAAUGGUUCAGGAACACGGGUGGACAUUAAGCAAGAAUUACAUAGGGUGAUUGAAUUGCUCUAAAUAUAGAUACUGCUACUUGAGUAAGGCGGAUGAAAAACUUAUUGCUAUGUUGUACUCUCAAGCACUUUGUCAUCCAUGUACCGUGACGUGUUGUAUCUGAUCUGUAGAUAAAGAUCGAUACCUUAAUUCUCUCCUUUGUAAAACAAUAUGUAACAACUCGUGGUAAUCCUUUUAAGGUUGUUGG